AUGUCUUCCACGCAGACGCGAGUUCUCCCUGUUCAACGGCUGAGCCAAGGGCCCGGCGAUUUGUCCCUUGCUGAAUGGUGGGAAAAGGAGCGCAGCCAACAGACACCAGAGUCCAAGGCUAUUGAAGAAGCCGCUGAACUCCUCCGGUCGAGUGACCUCCCCGUUGCCUUCCCUACUGAGACAGUGUAUGGCCUGGGAGCCGAUGCUACACGCAGCGUAUCCGUCCAGGGCAUCUACCGUGCGAAGCAGCGGCCAUCUGACAACCCACUGAUCAUUCAUGUUGACUCAUUGGAGAUGCUCGAUCGUCUCCUCAACCCCACCGUCAAACACAACCCGGGAUCACCUCAGACGCCGCGCAUCGCCAUCCCGCCGAUCUACAAGCCUCUGCUCGACCGGUUCUGGCCAGGCGCCCUGACUAUCAUUCUACACAACCCAUCUGGCUCUGAGUUGGCGCCCGAGGUCACCUCCAAAUUGACCACAUUCGGCGUUCGCAUGCCCUCUUCGCCCCUGGCGCGUCUCCUCAUCCAUGCCACAGACCGCCCCCUCGCUGCGCCCUCCGCCAACGCCUCUACCAAGCCCUCCCCAACCACCGCACAGCAUGUUUACCACGAUCUGCAAGGCCGCAUCGACCUCAUUUUAGACGGUGGAGCCUCCGGCGUGGGUGUCGAGAGCACCGUGGUCGACGGGCUAACCAGUCCACCAGCGAUCCUGCGCCCAGGCGGCAUUGGCAUCGACGAGAUCCGACAAUGUGAAGGAUGGGAAAAUGUAGAGGUCGCAUACAGCGACGGAACACUAGAAAUGAAGGAUAUCCCACGUGCCCCGGGUAUGAAGUACCGACACUAUUCGCCAAAGGCACGAGUCGUCCUGUUCGAGCCUACAUCCACCAUGAAAGGAGUAGUGAAGCACGUUCAAAAGGACUUGCAAGAUACUGCCAUUGGCGCACACAACAUCGGUAUCAUUCGUACCCGAAACUGGAAGCUCGGUCUGGAUCUUACUUCCGAGGAUGACGCGAAGGUCGUUGACGCUCCCAUUGAUAACCUCGUCAGCUUCCCGGUGCCAGUGCAGGAGACUGGUAAUCCUAGCACCUGUACGAAGAUGGCAUACGACUACCACCUCGGCUCGGACGCAACUGCCAUCGCGCAUGGUCUGUUCUCGGCCCUACGUGCACUCGACGAUCUUGAUGUGGAUGUGAUCUACGUGGAGGGGGUAUCAGAUGACGAGGGCCACUUGUCUGCGGCUGUCAUGAACCGACUCCGCAAGGCUGCUGGUGCCGAAUUGCGGGUUUAA